AAAGACAAUUCUUACAACCUUGAAGGUUGGGGUAAGAUAGUACACUACAGAGCCCUGACAUGGUGACUGGAGUAAGAAAAUGUCACGAGUGAUUGUCUAUCGAACCUGUAACACUCCAAUUACAAAGACGAGGAGAGAAAUUGGGAGUGUCCAGACCAUUUUUAUUAAAUUUAUCUUCAGGUGUAAUUCUUGCUUCAGCGAAAAUAUUGACGAAGGGCCGGGAAAUGCAGAGACAGAAUCAUUUUUCUCCAGGCGACCGUCAGCCGAUACGUGUCUACCGAAGAAGCAGGAGCCUGAUAAGAAAGCCGAGCAAAAAUCAAAGUCUUGUAACUGUAAACCCAUCCAGAAACCCCGAAGAGCGAGAAGAAAAAAGAUGCCACGCUCCGUCAAUCCCUUUAUCAUUUAUUAUCUGACUGAGUAUUUCAAAAAUCCAUCGAAAAAGGUGACCGAGGUAGCUCGGGAGGCCGGCAAGAAAUGGUGCAGUAUGUCGGCCGCGGAGAAGGCGGAUUACAUAAAAAGAGCGCGACUAGAGAGUGCAAAAAGACAGAGAAGGAGUGCCAAACGAUCCCGUGGAUCUUGCUAAAUAGGAAACUCUAAUGGAGGCACCUGCAUAAUGUUACGGAAAAAUUGGAGCCAACGUUAUUACUGCAGGGGAGUUGCGGUGAGUGGCGUUGGUAUCAUCAGGCUUCACUGAUAACACCUGCCUGAGUUUUCUCGCGGUGAGCCAAAUUAUCGGCUCCACACCCCGGGGGAGUAAACAAUGUCAAACAUUCACGUGGCUAAUGUAGCAUGAGUAUUGGGAUUAUAAUUAAUGAUGGAAAUUGAAUUACGGAAUAAAUUCGAUUGCUGUGCAAACAACAGAUGCUAUUUGCAGUUUUCAUAUCAAUGGCGGGUGAUCACUUCCACUGUUUAUUGGGGCUGAUUAAAUUCAUGGAGAUGAUCGCUUUUCACUGAACAUUUUGAUGAGCCAAUCUGACAGAGGAAGGCCAAACUAAUCCUGUUCCAGUUGUAUCACAUCUGCGUAAUUAUCGCAAUAUCUCCUCGCAAUAAAUUAUUUCAUGGAACGGCACGAAGAGACAUUUUCCCAGCGGAUAACAUAAAACAGUUGUAAAAUAGCAGUAGAAGGAAGAAUUAGCUUUAGGCAGUGAUCAGCAUGAUAACAUAAAUCUCGCGUAAUAAAAUUGAUAAUCUCCCUAUCGUCAGCGCUGACGCGAUGGCAUUAAUGAGUGGCACUCAUCGUAUCGUGGGUUAUAAAAUUCUGAACAAUAAAAAAAAACAAAUACUGAAGAUAGGGAUUGUUUUGGGCAGUAACUGGCACAUCUGAUAGACUGAAAAUUGAAAGAAAAAGGGAAUAUGACUCGCCACGUGUGAAAACAUUGAUAAAACUCGCUGAAGAUUCUCAGUACGUGUUUUCCCGACGUAGCCCAGUCCUUUGUGCUCUAUAAAAAGUGAUUUAUCGGCUCCAGAUGACCAACGGCCUGUACCCAAUCGACUGCCCUCUCUUCUCUUCCAUUAGCUCUAUAUCUUGACUUAAUAAGGUCGAUACGUUCGCACCAAUACAAUCUGGGGUGAUGUGUCGAUAUAGAAUGGAACGAGAGGGAGAGUGACGAUAUUUAAUAGUCUGGUCUUUCCAAGAAAAAUAAAAUUGUUUGAAAAUAAAGUCUAAAGGGUUCCCUACGGUUCCAUCAGACGCGGAUGAAAAACGAUUAUGAAGGGUGAAAAAGAGCGAUGAAACAAUAGGGCUGUGAUCGCAGUCAAUGGUGCGUGUGUACAUGCAACCCCUCUCAGAACCUUGGAAAAAAUGUGGAAUAAAUAAAUUUAAAAAAACGCAACACCAGCUGCGGUCAGGGUCAACGCUGUGUUGAAGUGCUUCAAUUGUAGUGAGUUUUCCCUUGAAGAAGCGAAGGGAGAACAAUCGACACGAGCCAAGUGCCCAAAUGGCAUGAAUAUAUUCUGUAUUGUGCCCGCUUUGUAAGAGGAUUUUCAAGAAGAGGAUUGAAUUCACAAGGAGAAUCUGUUGUAGUGAUUAUGCUUUUCCAAAGUGGAAGAACAAUUGUAGAAAAAAUAAAUAAAAAAUUAC